AUGCAGUUGGAAGUUGUGGAAGGGAAAUUAGGUGAUCUGAUACUCAUUGAGGAAAAUGCCUCCUUCUGUUAUGUGAAGAAUAAAUUAGAAAAUGAUCAGGCUGGAUUUGGAGCCCAGCCUUCCAAAAGAUCAGCCUUACUGUCCGUCAUGGCUGAUGCUGAGACUAUGCCUGGUACUGUAUUAGAGAUCUCCAACCAAGAUUUUUUUCAGGAAGCAAAAAUUCUGAUUGCCCAACAUUAUAAGAAAAUAAAUGAGGACAAAUUUCAAGGUAGUUCUAUAAAUGUUUUUAGAAAUAAACACCAAAAACCGAGACCUGGUAGACACAUACCUUCAAGGAUUAAAAAAAAGGAAAUAUUUGAUGCAGUCCAAGAACGGCAGCUAGCACACAGACAUGCUUAUUUUCACAAAGAUGUUUCCAAGGGGGAAUGUUUUGAGGAGCCCCCUCAACGAACUUCACUCAAGGAGUCACACAUGUUUCAUGUAAAGGAAAAAAGCAAGGGAUAUAUAGAUCUAAUUGCAAAAGGUAAGUUUUUGGUGGAGUAA